GCCCGCGCGUACCGCUGCGGAUUGUGGGGCGGCUGCACUUGUCUCUGGUAACCCGGGGAGAUGUGAGGGUGGCUUUGCUGUUGGGUAAAGUAAGCAAACAAAGAAACUGCUUUUGCAGACAGAAUUGGAGCGGCCGAUAAAGAUGCAACCGGAAGAUGCUCGCUACCUGAAGAGAAAAGUGAAAGGAGGCAACAUAGAUGUCCACCCAACAGAGAAGGCUUUGGUAGUUCAUUAUGAAGUCGAAGCCACAAUUUUGGGUGAGAUGGGUGAUACCAUGUUGGGAGAACGUAAAGAGUGUCUGAAAACCAUUCGUUUGAAAAAUCUGAAUGCCAACACUGACAUUGCGUCUCUGGCACGAAAGGUGGUUGAAGAGUGCAAACUCAUCCAUCCAAGUAAGCUAGCAGAGGUGGAACAGCUGCUUUAUUAUCUUCAGAAUCGCAGAGAAAGUCCUCCAGGAAGAGAAAAGCGCGAUAAGAUCAGCAAACUGAAGGACCCAUCUCCUUUUGAAGGAAUGGAAAUUGAUGAAAUUGCAAAUAUUAAUGACGUAGAAGAUUACAUAGAACUGCUGUAUGAGGAUAUAUCUGACAAAGUGCGAGGUUCAGCACUCAUUCUUCAACUAGCUCGUAAUCCUGACAAUUUGGAAGAAUUGCUACAAAAUGAAACUGCAUUGGGAGCUUUGGCUCGAGUGUUACGAGAAGACUGGAAGCAAAGUGUGGAACUUGCAACGAACAUUAUUUAUAUAUUUUUCUGUUUCUCGAGUUUUUCUCAAUUUCAUGGACUAAUUACGCACUAUAAAAUUGGUGCACUCUGUAUGAAUAUUAUUGACCAUGAACUGAAGAGGCAUGACCUAUGGCAAGAAGAACUUCAUAAGAAGAAGAAGCCUUCACUUGAAGAUGAUGCUGAUAACCAGGUACUGAAGAAAGACUAUGAGAAAACAUAUAAGAAAUAUCAAGGUUUAGUUAUCAAGCAAGAACAACUGUUGAGAGUUGCCUUCUAUCUUCUCUUAAAUCUGGCUGAAGACACAAGGACUGAACUGAAAAUGAGGAACAAAAAUAUCGUUCACAUGCUUGUGAAAACACUUGAUCGAGAAAACUUUGAGUUGCUGAUCCUAGUGAUGUCUUUUCUGAAGAAGCUCAGUGUAUUUGUGGAGAACAAGAAUGAUAUGGUAGAGCUGAACAUCAUUGACAAGCUGUCAAAAUUGGUGCCUUGUGAACAUGAGGAUCUUUUGAAUAUUACCCUGCGCUUGCUACUGAAUCUGUCUUUCGACACUGGUCUUCGGAAUAAGAUGGUCCAAGUGGGAUUACUCCCAAAAUUGACUGCCCUCAUAGGUAACAUCAGUGAAGCCUCCGAUGAAGCGAUGUUGCUCUACUCCACUUGGAAUUUAUACUGUCUGGUCCAUAAUGGAAUUGAAAGCCAUAGACAAGUAGUGAUGUGUAUUCUGUACCAUGUCACCAUGGAUGAUCGCUUCAAAUCCAUGUUUGCGUACACUGAUUGCAUUCCACAGUUAAUGAAGAUGUUGUUUGAAUGUGCAGAGGAGCACAUUGAUAUGGAAUUAAUAUCCUUUUGUAUUAACCUAGCUUCUAACAAAAGAAAUGCACAGCUGAUCUGUGAAGGAAAUGGCCUGAAAAUGUUAAUGAAACGAGCCUUCAAAUUCAAAGAUUCACUACUGAUGAAAAUGAUUAGGAACGUUUCUCAACAUGGGGGUCAAACCAAAAAUCUCUUCAUUGAUUACGUUGGGGACUUGGCAGCUCAGAUCAAUAGUAAUGAAUCGGAAGAAUUUGUUAUAGAGUGCCUUGGAACACUUGCUAAUCUUACAAUUCCAAAUUUAGACUGGAAGCUUGUUUUGGAGGAGUACAAGUUGGUUCCAUUCCUUAAGGAUAAAUUGAAACCAGGUUCAACAGAAGACGACCUGGUUCUGGAAGUGGUGAUAAUGAUUGGUACGGUUUCAAUGGAUGACUCAUGUGCUGCCAUGCUAGCGAAAUCGGGUAUUAUUCCUGCUCUUAUUGAACUUCUGAAUGCCAAACAAGAGGAUGAUGAAUUUGUUUGCCAGAUUGUGUAUGUUUUUUACCAGAUGGUUUUCCACCAAGCUACCAGAGAUGUGAUUAUCAAGGAAACACAAGCUCCAGCAUAUUUGAUUGACUUGAUGCAUGAUAAAAAUGCAGAGAUACGGAAAGUGUGUGACAAUACGUUGGACAUUAUUGCGAUUCUUCACGGUCCACUCUCCCACCAAUUUUGGCGUCAUCCACAAACUUACCAUUCUCAUCUAAAUCAUUCAUAUAUAUGACAAACAAAAGUGGACUCAGCACAGAUUCCUGUGGACCACUGCUGGUAACAGGCCUCCGGUCAUAAAAGAAAAACAACCCUCUGCUAACACUUGGUCUCCAGCCAAGCGAAUUUUGAUCCAAAUAGCCUAGUGAGGCUUGUUGUACUCCUCUCGGACAAGUGUGUGUUUGCUUAGAUAUUAAGACCAAAACUAUACAAUAUUCACUGUUUGGUCUUACUAAAACUAUGUACACUUGGAACAGGACUCCCUUAUUCUUGUUUCCCAGCAUUCUCGCAAUGAAGGUCAACAUAUAAUUUACUUUGCUAAUUGUUUGCUGUAACUGCAUGUUAACUCUUUGAUCAGAACCAAAAUUUCUCAACGAGGGAUAUUGAUCUGAAAUUUGUAAUGCUGUUUGUCUCCAAAGAUGUUACCUAACCUCAGUAUUUUCUGCAUUUUGGUUUCUGCAUUAAUAAUUCCAGCAUUCACCAUAUUUUGAAAAAACUUGUAUUAUUUACUUAUACUUGUAAUAUUAUUUCUAUUUUUAUUCCAGCAUAUCUUGCUUUUGUAUUGACUUUGUGUUUCCUGUACAAGAGCACCUGAAUUCCUGUGAACAUUAACAUUUAAAUAUAUUUUACAAUUUGAAAAAGCUUUUGUUUUUCUAUUCUUUCUACCAAAGUAAAUAACUUCAUGUUUCUACGUAACCUAUCUGCCGCCACCUUCCCCAUUCACUUAAGUUGCUGAUACCUCUGCAGACUGUGGCCUCUUGGCUGAUUUGCUGUAUUGUUGUAUGCAUUCAGCAAACUUGAAUAUAUGACACUUAAUUUCCUCAUCUAAGCUAGUAAUAUAGAUUGUAAUUAUAAAUUUGAAAUGUGACUGAACGUACACGUAGUUUGGAAAUGCUGGGGGAGAGUGCUUUCUGUCAGCAUGCAUCCUUUAUAUGGAGAAAAAGUAACAUGGAUCUGAUUUUUUUUUCACCAGAUAACAGGAGGGACAUCAAUUUUCUUAGCAGCAUAGAUACACUGGAAUAGGUUCUCACUGUGCUAAGAUGCUCAAUUAAUGGAGUGUGUUCAGUACAUCCAUGAGUGACUCCAUUGGAAACAGGAGAGACACAUCCUCAACUACAUGAGAAACAUUCUGGGACUUUCUGAUUAGAAAGAAAUCGCAAUGUUGGCUGGAACAUCGCUUUGGCCAGCAACAUUCUUCCCAGGGUUUCCUUGAGCCAAACUUCUUAAUAUUGCAGCUCCUGCUGUUAGUGAUGCAGUGUUCAUUUACCAUCACUAAACAAUAUGGUGGAGAGACCUGCUUUCAGAUCACUGUGCUGCCAA